AUGGCGGCACUUCGUCCUGGAAAAGCUAGCCACAUGUACAAACCUGUUUUAAUGGGAAAGAAGCGUGUAAUGGUGCCUGCUGAGGAUGUCGACUUGUCCACCGUCAAGUACGAGCCUGAUGUUAUCCAAGCUCCACAUUUGACUGGAUUGACAUUUAAGUUGUUUGUGAAAUUCCUUGAGAUUCCUGUGAUCGGUCCUUUGGUUAUAUCACAUUUGAAGAAGCAGAACAAGAUGGUUGAGUUGCUGCAAAAUACCGUGAUACCGGAAGCACCUAUGUAUAAACCUGAAUAUCCUCCCCAAGAAACAGAACCUGGCGUUGUCAUUGUUGACGAAGAUGGAAAACCAGAAGAAAGGGUUGAAUCAGCCUUGAACUGUCUUCCUCCUUAUGAUGCUGCUAGCUGCUGGAAUGAUGAUUUGGCUUCAUCAUUCAGAUACUGGAAGAUACGUGAUUAUUCACAUGCUUAUCGGUCUAAGAUUGUAACUCCAUCCAUGGUUGCUGAGCGCAUCAUUUCAGCAAUAGAAGAUUUUAAUGUAAAGAAGACCCCAAUGCCAUUAUUGAUUUCUUUUGAUGCUGAAGAAGUCAGGAAGCAAGCUGCAGCUUCUACAAAAAGGUUUGAGGAAGGUGGGACAACAUGGAUGCAUGAGGUUCGCUCUGUGGAAAAGGAUGCAGUUUGUGUUUCUAGGUUGCGUAGCUGUGGUGUGAUAUUUGUAGGGAAGUCAAACAUGCACGAGCUAGAUAUGGGAACAACCGGAAAUAAUUCAAAUUAUGGAACAACAAGAAACCCUCAUGCAGUGGAUAGGUACACAGGCGGAUCUUCCUCAGGUCCAGCAGCAAUUGUGGCCUCCGGUCUAUGCUCUGCUGCCUUGGGAACUGAUGGUGGAGGUUCAAUCCGUAUUCCUUCUUCCCUCUGUGGUGUAGUGGGCUUGAAAACAACACAUGGCCGGACGGACUUGAGAGGUUCCUUGUGUGAUUCUGGGACUGUGGCAAUAAUUGGACCGAUUGCAUCUUCUGUGGAGGACUCCCCUCCUUGUCUGCCGAAGUUGUCAACACAUGAUGGUACAGAUGCUUUAGGAUCAUUACGACUGGGAAAGUAUACUGCGUGGUUUAAUGAUGUACAUUCAACUGAUGUCUCUGACAAGGGUGAGGAUAUUCUUAACCUUCUAACAAAAACACAUGGGUGUGAAAUGGUAGAGAUUGUUAUACCUGAGUUGCAAGAGAUGCGCACUGCUCAUGUUGUUCAAAUUGGAAGUGAAAUGCUGAAUUCAAUAAACCCUGAUAUUGAGGAUGGGAAAGGUGUGAGGUUGAACUACGAUAGUCGUAUUAUUGUUGGACUUUUUCAAACGUUCAGUGCAUCUGACUACAUUGCCACUCAACGUCUUAGGCGACGAAUGAUGUGCCAUCACAUGAAGAUUUUCAGAAAUGUUGAUGUCUUAGUGACUCCAACAACUGGGUAUGCAAUCUUGUUAUCAAAGUUAAUUUUGCUUCCCAUUGUCGAGUCUCUAUCUACACCAAACUCAAUGUUGAAUAUAACUGGGUAG